AUUUUCAUCAAACCACAGAAGGGUGGUCGCAAACUUUUUUCGAUUCCGAUGUCUCAAACUGUCAGGAUGACCCCAUCACUCAUGGCGGCGGCGGUGGUGGUUCGACAUCAUCCUGCUCUUUCUUGACACCAAAUGGUGGUGACAUCUGCAUUCCACCAGACUUUCUUGAAUCAUUCCGGCAACCAUCAUCGACUCCGUGCUUUCCGAACCUUACUCUGCUUUCGAACGAACCCAAUUUGCAGCCGGUUGGAGAUUGGUUCAAGAUCGACCAGAACUCGGUGAACCACACCGGUUAUCAUUACUGGCUGAGCACGACCAAAGCUCAGCCGAUGAAGUAUACCGGAAAACGGGUUCGUAAUACAACAUUCGAACAGAAUAGAAUUUGUUCGCCCACGAAGUUAUUUAGAGGAGUAAGGCAAAGGCAUUGGGGAAAAUGGGUGGCUGAAAUUCGGUUACCACGGAACCGGAGAAGGGUAUGGCUCGGGACGUUUGAGACGGCCGAAGAAGCCGCUGUUGCAUACGAUACGGCUGCGUAUUUGCUAAGAGGCGACUGCGCGCACCUAAACUUCCCGAAUCUAAAGAACCAAUUGAAAGCUAACUCGAUAAAUGGCAACACCGCGGCUCUGCUUGAAUCAAAGUUGCAAGCCAUAUCUCUUGGGAUGUUGAAUACGAAGACUAAUGAUUCGGAUACCUCGAUGGUGGGAGGUGGACUGGCGGCGGUCGCAGGGGUGCCGCCAGACUCCGGAGAAGGGGUCCAGCUCAGUAAAAUUCCAUCUUUGGAUAUGGACAUGAUCUGGGAUGCUCUUCUUGUUUCUGAUUUAUGAUCACAUUUCAUUUGAUCUUUCUGAUCUUAGUUUGGAUGAAUGAAU